AAGUGCAAAACGAGACUUGUCUGUGUGUAUUUCUAGUUACGAAAACUAAUAUGGUUUCGGUGUAAAAAUUUUUUAAAAAUAUGUCGUGUCAUUUAACUAAACGUGCAUGUAUCAAUAACAUUCGAACAAUUAAAAGUGCAUUAACUUUUACAGAAGAAUCAGUUUCUCCUGAUGAAUAUUCGGCUGAAGCCUGGAAUAAUGGCUGGGACAUUGACGAACAAGUGGAAGAUAAAAACAUUGAAGCCGUAAAGUUAAAAAGAGAGGAUCAAUCGUGGCUGCAAGACUGCUUAUCUUCCUUGUCUCCAGCAGUCGAUGUUUUGGCCUUGGCCUAUGGACAGCAUGCAGUAUUUUUAACUUCUAAAUGGAAUCCUUCUGAAGAAAGUGACAUGAAAUUGAAGUUUGUGCCUUCAUUUGAAGGAACCCUAUCUGCAGAAAAAGAUGAAAAUAUUACGAGUGUGCUUUGUCUUCCAUUGGCUUCCCAAAAAAGGAGCCAGCAAGGAGGUCCAGAUUGGACUUGUAUAAUAGUUGGUUUUUCAUCAGGUUACAUUAGAAUAUACACAGAAAAUGCCGAUCUGCUGCUCUCUCAGCGAUUGCACGAGGAGCCCAUCGGUCACUUGCGAUGCAAAACACAUGUGCCUCAUCAUUUUUCAAACUACACUGAUCAACCGGAUGAGCUUGUUAUUGCAUUUUCCACUGUUGUUGUGAUUAUCGAUGGUUUUGGACUUUUUCAAACUCUACGAGCGUGCCGUAACCAGUUAGCUAGAGCUGCAGCUGGAAGGCAGGAAGUAAUUCAGCCACCACCUCUGUCAUAUAAAAAAUGGGGAUUUCAUGAACAUGAUAAACUUUACGAUUGUGAAGCAGCCGGUCCUGUUUUGCCAGUUUGGAAUGAUGAGCAGAUUUUAAAUUGA